AUGGUUGUGGGGAAUUGAUGGUGAUACUUCAGUCCAUCCUUCGGCCGGGAGAAAAACGAAGCCUCCAACUUGCCGCCAAGUCAACCUCCUUGGCUUUUACCUUUGAAAAUGUCCUGCCGGGCAAGUACAAAAUGAGCAUCAUCCAAGAAGACUGGUGUUGGAAGAAUAAAUCCUUGGAGAUAGAAGUUGUGGAAGAGGAUGUAUCGGGCAUCGAAUUCCGUCAAACGGGUUAUAUGCUGCGAUGUUCUCUUUCCCACGCCAUUACUUUGGAAUUCUACCAAGAUGGAAACGGACUGGAAAAUGUUGGUGUUUACAACCUAUCCAAAGGUGUGAACAGGUUCUGCCUCUCCAAGCCAGGUGUGUAUGAAGUAACACCCCGCUCCUGCCACCGAUUUGAACACGAAUACUACACCUACGACACGUCCGCUCCAAGUAUCUUGACCUUGACUGCAAUUCGUCACCACGUGCUUGGAACAAUUACCACGGACAAACUGAUGGAUGUGAUGGUGACCAUUCGAUCUGGAGAGAAAAUCACGGUGACCCCAUCCUCUAAAGAGCUUCUUUUCUACCCUCCUUCCAUCGAAACCGUGGUCAGUGGUGAAAGCUGUCCUGGGAAGCUGAUAGAGAUAUACGGCAAAGCGGGUCUCUUCCUGGAAGGGCAGAUUCACCCCGAAUUGGAGGGAGUUGAGAUCAUCAUUUCUGAAAAAGGAGCGCCUUCCCCCCUGAUCACGGUUUUCACAGACGACAAAGGGUCCUACAGAUUAAAUCUGAAGAUGGCCAUCCCCUUGCAGGAGUUCUCCUUUCGCUCAGUGGCGGUACCUUUCGCUCCAACCUCCUGACUCAGGACAACGGCAUGCUGACGUUCCCCAACUUGAGUCCUGGUCAGUACUACUUCAAACCAAUGAUGAAAGAGUUUCGCUUCGAACCCUCAUCUCAGAUGAUCGAAGUUCAGGAGGGACAGAAUCUUAAAAUCGCCAUUGUUGGUUACCGUACGGCUUACAGCUGCUACGGCACCGUUUCUUCUCUGAACGGGGAACCUGAGCAAGGGGUUGCAGUGGAAGCGGUAGGACAGGGGGAGUGUGCCCUCUACGGAGAAGACACCAUCACAGAUGAAGAGGGGAGAUUCCGGCUACGGGGUCUGCUGCCAUCCUGCCUGUAUCACAUUCAACUGAAAGCCGAAGGCAACGAUCACAUUGAAAGAGCCCUCCCACACCAUUCGGCUAUUCAGGUCGGCAGCGAUGACGUCGACAAUGUGAACAUCGUGGCUUUUCGCCAAAUCAACCAAUUUGAUCUGAGCGGAAACGUGAUCACCACUUCUGAGUACCUCCCUACCUUAUGGAGAAAACUGCCAGAGCAGGAUAUUGCCCAAGGAUCCUACAUCGCUCUUCCGUUGACUCUGCUGCUUUUGUUAGCUGGCUACAAUCACGAUAAGUUGAUUCCCUUGCUGCUCCAGUUAACCAGCCGUCUCCAAGGGGUGUGUGCUCUGGGGCAGGCGGGGGCCGAUACAGGAGGCCUGGAGGAUAUCAAGAGGCAAGCCAAGAAACAGAAGACGAGACGGACGUGAGAAUGGAUGUCCCAAUCAGUUGUGUUGGUUUCACUUACUCCUCUUUUCGCUUGGCUGCUAAAGUGAGACUCUCCGGGUUACAGCAAAGAAAUCCUUUGCACUGGACACCUGGAUUCAGAGUUGCCUUGUCACGGGUAUGAUUUUUUUUUUACAUGGAGUAUCUUGAAUGUCACAGAAGCCCUUUUAAGAGAGAGCCUCUGUCCUAAAAGGCAGUGUUGGGGGUUAUCAAUUACGGUCAGGCUUGAAAGAACGAUGAGCAAUUAAAUUUGUUUUCACCUCCAA